AGACCUGGUUGAUAAUCAAAGGAGAGCUGGAGGACUGGAACUUCAUUAGCCCGCUUCUCCCAUCAUCUUCAUUAAUCAACAACAAAUCCAGAUCCCGGCUGUUCCUCUCUCUCUCUGUCUCUCUCUCUCUGUAGAGAUGCCAAGCUUAAUGGUAAAACUCUAUAGUGUCAUCUUCAAAUAUCAACAAAAACAUCUCCUACAAGGCUUGAUAGAAACCCCUGAAUCCAACAAAUCCAACCCAUUUGGCAUUACUUCUAGGCCCCACGAAUCCAUCGCCGCUAGCAACCCAUCAUUUACCGAUGGUGUAGCCACCAAAGACAUCCGUGCCAAUCCCUACUCUUCUCUUUCUCUCCGGAUCUUCCUUCCCGAUACAGCUGUCACCUCCUCAUUGGCUUCUAGUUAUCAAAUUCCCAAUUACGGUGGCUAUUCGCCGGUGGAAGGAAGAUCUCACCGGAAGUUGCCGGUGAUGUUGCAGUUUCACGGAGGUGGGUUUGUGAGCGGGAGCAAUGAAUCUGUGGGAAAUGAUGCGUUUUGCAGGAGAAUAGCGAAAUUGUGUGAUGUGAUUGUGGUGGCUGUUGGGUAUAGAUUGGCACCAGAGACUAAGUAUCCGGGGGCUUUCGAAGAUGGGUUCAAGGUUUUGAAUUGGUUAGCGAAGCAGUCUAAUUUGGCUGUUUGUGGGAGAUUGGGUGCUCAGAACCAUAUCUUUGAUAGCUUCGGUGCUUCCAUGGUGGAGCCUUGGUUGGCUGCUCAUGGAGAUACUUCCAGAUGUGUAUUGCUUGGGGUGAGCUCUGGUGCGAACAUAGCCGAUUAUGUGGCAAGAAAGGCUGUAGAGGCUGGGAAGCGAUUGGAUCCAGUUAAGGUGGUGGCACAAAUCCUGAUGUUUCCUUUCUUUAUUGGAAGAACUCCCACCCAUUCUGAGAUUAAGCUGGCAAGCACGUAUUUCUAUGAUAAAACCAUGUGCAAGCUGGCAUGGAAACUCUUCUUACCUAAGGAAGAGUUCAAUCUAGAUCACCCAGCUGCUAACCCUCUUAUUGCCGGGAGGCAGCCACCUCUUAAGUGUAUGCCCCCGACUAUAACAGUUGUUGCUGAGCAUGACUUUAUGAGAGAUCGAGCCAUUGCCUACUCAGAGGAACUACGGAAAGUUAAUGUGGAUGCGCCUCUUCUUGAUUAUAAGGAUGCUGUGCAUGAGUUUGCUACACUUGAUGUGCUUCUCCAGACACCACAGGCCCAGGCAUGUGCAGAGGAUGUCUCUAUAUGGGUCAAGAAGUACAUAUCACUCAGAGGCCAUGAGUUUUCUUAUUGAAUAGAGCAGAAAAGAAGAAAGUGAGCAGGAAGGGGAAAGAGGUGUUCAGUAGAUGCAGGAUCAUCGUCUUUAUGAUUUCUGCUGCCUCUUUUCCUUUUCUUUUUCUUUUUUUUCCCCCUUGAGAUAUCAGCACUGUUGUACACCGUGGAAUAGAGCCAGAGCUUCUAGCUCUAUUUCAUUUCUCAAGUCUCUAUUUAGGCGAAGGGUCUCUCUCUCUUAAUGUAAAGUAUACUGUGUUUGUCUGAGUGCAGGACUAACUUGAAUUUUGAUGAAAAUAUUAUUCAUUGGAUAUUAAAGGAACAUUACUUUGUGAGCUCA